GGCCGUCUUCCAAGCCUCUUGCCCGAGAGAGCAUUUCCCUUUCUCCCUUGCAAGCUUCAUCUGCCAGCUUCAGCUCGCUCUGUAUCGAGCCCUCGCGGCGGCCAACCCCUACCCUAGCAAGAUGAAUAGGGAGAAGUUGAUGAAGAUGGCCAGUGCCGUGCGCACUGGUGGGAAGGGCAGUGUACGCAGAAAGAAAAAAGCUGUCCACAAGACUACCACCACAGAUGACAAGAGGUUGCAAAACACCCUGAAGAGACUGGGAGUGAACACCAUACCCGGUAUUGAGGAAGUGAAUAUCUUCAAGGAUGAAACUGUUAUUCAUUUCGUUAACCCCAAAGUUCAAGCAUCGAUUGCCGCCAACACUUGGGUUGUAAGUGGACCAUCGCAAUCAAAGAAAUUGCAAGAUCUACUACCGGGGAUUAUCAACCAGCUCGGACCAGAUAAUCUUCCCAAUUUGAAGAAGAUUGCUCAGCAGUACCAGAGACAGGAGCCUGCUGGUGCUGAGGACGAGGAUGAUGAGGAUGUUCCUGAUCUUGUAGAUGGAGAAACUUUUGAGGAAGCUGCCAAGCAGGAAUCUUCUUAGGAAGGUCUGUAACCUCUGUGGCUCAGGCCGUAGAUAAAAAUUUACCCUGCUUUUGGUCUUGGAGACCUUGUGUUGAAUUACUCGUAAGGCACGUUGCCAGGUUGAGUGACGCAAUUGACAAAGCAGCUCAAGUUGUGCCCAUGAUUAACUGGAUUGUUACUACCUCGUUUUUAGCUGACAUAGAUGGACCUCCUACCCGAAGUUUAGAAAAGGGCACAAAGGAGGGGGGUGUACAGAGCUUAAUUUUUGGCGGCAAAGUUGUGUCAACUUCUAAUGAUAUGUCGAAGCUCUUCGUAGUGUGGUGCUCUGCUUGGUCUUAUGACAUAUUGCAUUCCAGCUUUACUAAGGAGGCAGUUUUAGACUUUUUGUUUGUUGUGAUCUAAGGGUAAAUCUGAUCAUGGUAUCGUGAUAUUCGUUCCG